AUGUAUAUAUCUCAUUAUCUACAUUUAAUCGGACGCAAAGUUGGAUUAAAACUACUCACUCAAUCAAAUGCACCCAAACUAUUGAGAAGGGCUCUAAUUUGUGAGUUGUGCUCAGACGAUAUUAGUUCUUACAUUUGCUUGAUGCAUCCAACAUUAUGCGAACUAUCUGGAUAUCAGUCACAGACAAAUAAACGAGUUUUUGUAAAUUUUCAAGAUUUAGUAUUUCUUUUCAAUGGGGAGAUGCUAAUUACUAUUAUAGAGGUUGCCACUCAGAAAUUACAAAGAUUCAUUAAAGAAAGAAAAAACCGGUUAAUGGGAGUUUUGAAUAUCACAGAGAGUUAG